AUGCGCUUUGUUGGCGCCGACCUCGGCUCGUACUGGGCCUCCGCACAGCUGCUCGAUCCAUCGGGGCAGCCGAUCGGCGACGUGUCGACUUUGCACUAUGAGCGCGUCCUUUCCCACGAGCAGGCUACCGCUCAGCGAACGCUGCCGAGACCGCGGCGUGUGCUCUUGGCACUGCCGUCUGUCGUGCGACCGCGCGAGCGCAAGCUGUGCUUUGUGACAGGAGGCACCAGCAUGGAUGGCCAAAUGCGACUCUGGCUCGACCUCAUUGCUGCGCUCCAGCAGCAUCCGACGACAAAGUAUAGCUUUCACAUGUUUCGCGUGCAAGCUCCGACGGCCGUGCGUCUCGACCCGUAUCUCGCGCUUGGCAUUCCCAUCACAUACGUUCAUCUUACGGUCGACUCCAACAACGUUGCCAAGUACAAUUUGACCAACAACAAGACAAUGGCGCAGCUUGCGGCGUACGCCAAGGGGCUCGGACGCCAUCCUGCGUACGUCGCUCGGCUCUUUGGCCAGUAUACCGCUGCGCUAUCGCCGUGCCGUGGCGCGAUUCUUGUGUAUGCCAACUCGCAAGACCACGGCGACUCGGCGCUUUCACUUGUCGCGCGCCAUGUCCAAGUGCAGGCUGUCGUGCUGGAGCUCUCGGGUCUACGUCCGAUGCCCCAUGCCGUGGACGCGGUCAUUGGCCCAUCGCAGUUCGCCGUCUACCACGAGAGUGUCGCGCAGGCAGUUGCAGCGACGCAUCGGCACGUGAUCGUACCAGGCGUCAACACGACGCUCUUCGUUCCCGCCGCCAAGCCCAAGCCCAACGACUGCCUUGUCGUGGGCUACCUCGGUCGCAUUGCACCGGAAAAGUCCCUCGGACUCCUAGCACGCGCCACCGAGCUUCUCACAGCCAAGCACGAUCUCUGCCUCGUCUUUCGCUGGGUCGGCGAAGGCCCAGAUGCUGUGUUCUAUCAGCACUACCCCGUGGAGCUGCUCGGUGGCAUCUACAACGAAACCGCGCUCGUCCACGAACUCCAGUCCUGGGACUUGGCUGUCCACCCAGGCCUCCGCGAGACGUUUGGCAUCGCCAACAUUGAGGUCAUGGCGCUGGCGGUGCUAUGGCUCCACGUGACAGGCGCAUCGCUGAACGAGACCGCGCGCCUCCGCUUCCUGUGGCCACCGCCCCGCUACCUUCUCGAGGACCCCAAAGUGCCCAUAACGUUCGCGCUCGAUGGGCCCAAGACGAACGGGUACAUUCGCUUCUCGAGCGCCAAGCUCGAUGGUAUGAUCGACAUCCACACGCCCGAAGUGGCCAUCAUGGACAUUGAGCCGGGCACGCAUUGGAUCACGGCCGAGGCGCUCACGACCACCUUGAGACCCAUCGGACCACCGGCGGUGCUUCAGAUUGAGCGCAUUUUAUCGCGCUCCGAGCUCUACCGAGACGCGGUGCAGGCCAAAACGACAGUGCUAGCACUGCCAGCGGUCGCGGCCGCGCGGCCAGCAACGCGCCGGCUCUGCUUUGUCGCGUCCGCGACGCCCAUGGACGGUCAGAAGCGUAUUUGGCUGCGCCUCAUGGCGUCGCUGCGUCGUCACCCCACGACCGCCUACUCGUUCCACAUCUUCAUCUUGGAGCACAAGUCGCCCAGUCGACCCAACGUCUUUUCGCCCGAGGGUCUACCCGUGACGUACGCGCCCAUGACGGUGACCGAGGAGACGGCUCGGCAGUACAACCUCACGUCCAAUGUGACCAUGGGCCAGCUCGCCAAGUUUGCUACAUCCAACGACAAAGCGCACCUCCCGACCUACCUGCAUGAGCUCUGGGCCACGUACUUGACUACGUUUGCACCUUGCAAGGGUGCGGUGCUCGUCUUUGCCAACUCGCGCGACUAUGGCGACACCGUCUUGGCCCACGUCGGGCGCGCGAUCGGCGCUGCCGGUGUCGUUCUGGAGCUAUCGAGCGUCUUUCCCAUGCCAAAUACCGUCGACGUGCUGCUCUCGCCGUCACAAUACGCACUGUCGCACCCGAGUGUGGUGACUGCGGUGGAUGCGACGCUGCCGCUCGUGGUUCCGCCUGGCGUUGACCCGACGCUCUUUGCUCCCGCCGCCAGCGCACCGUAUAACGACUGCAUUGUUGUCGGCUACCUCGGUCGCAUUGCGCCAGAAAAGUCCCUCGGCCUCUUGGCACGGGCCAUCGAGCUGCUCGUCGCCAUCGACCAAGGGCGCUGCCUCGCGUUUCGGUGGGUCGGCGACGGUGCAGACACUGCGCACUACAAGCAGUAUCCCAUCACGCUGCUUGGCACGAUUCUCGACGAGGCGACGCUCGUCCACGAGCUCCAGUCGUGGGAUCUGGCUGUGCACAUGGGCCUCCGCGAGACGUAUGGCAUCGCUAACGUUGAGGUCAUGGCCGUCGGGAUACCGCUUGUCUGCUUUGGUGUGGCCGGCCUCACCGAGUACGUUCGACACGACGAGAACGCGUGGGUCGUCGACGAGGUGUCGCCCGACGCGCUCGCCAACGCGAUUCACAAGCUGGCGAACGACCCAAGCCUGCGCCAGCGGCUCGGCCACGGCGCUCGGCAGACGAUCGAGAAGCGUUUCACGUGGGCGCAGACAGUGGCCGCCUACGACGAAGUGUACGGCCGUCUUGUGGCCAAGGCGGCGCGAAAAAUGACCACCAAUACGUCAUCUUGAAGCCGUGAAGCUGGCCUUUCCGGUUUCAACACCACAGCAUUUCCGAUCUUUCAAACUAUUUCCGUAAUCUUUACAUUAUUUCCGUAA